AUGGAGGUUGAAGUUGUUCGAGAAGGAUAUCAAAAAUUCAAGGGAGUUUACUUUGCAACGGAACAUCGAUUGAGCUUGGAUGUAAUGAUUCGGGAUAAAGGGUUUAGGAAGUUUAGGACACAAUGUGUUAAACUAAAAGGACCACUAACCUAG